AUGCCGCCCCACGGAUUUUAUCGCCACUCCCUCUCAGACAGCAUUUAUCCCACACCACCGUCGCAUCGCUUCUUCGACGUGGAAGGCUUUGUUCUAGGGCAAUUCAGACUGCUCAUCUUUGAACCCAUUAUCAUCAACGAGGCAUACAUGCUGUUGGUUUUCUUCUUCUUCAAAACUUUCGAUUUUUGUUAUGGUCUCCUUGAGUUCAACCUUAUGGUCAUUUGGCUGGCAACAAUCCAGGACAAUCGCAGCUUAGUCACUUUGCCUUUGUGGCAAGAGGAGGUUUUGGCGAGCAUCUUAAAGUUCGUCGGGGCCACACUGUUGAUUGUUUUAUGCCGCGUUUGGAGAGGCACCGGGUGGUGGCCGGAGGCAGAGAUCCCGGAGUUCAGAAGCUCGUUUGACCCUGAAGAACAAUGGAAGAAAAGACCCAAGUCAGGGUUUGGUGCGGUCAAGUGGUUUCUUUGCUCCACGAUGGUGGAAAUCCCGACCCUCGUCACCUUUUUCGCCUGGUGUUUCCAGUUGCUAGGCAGCCAGUCCAUCUCAUAUGCCAUGCUCUUCCUGGUUUUACUGCAUUCCACCAUAUGGUACGCCGCGAUCCUGGUCUUCCGCAAUCAUCAGGAGUUUACCUGGAAUUGGAAGGCCCGGACAAGAUAUUCGAUCCUUUGCGGUGGCUGGAAUGUGCGUUGGAGGCCAACCCCGAGAGGAAGCAGCACCGAGGCUAUCCCAGAAGAGAAGAGAAUGAACAACAGCAAAUGGAGCUGA